AUGAGCACCCAGACAACUAGUCCAGAAGCAGAAAACUUUCAUAACAUGUCGGCCAUGGAACUUAUCAAAAGUAUUAUGGAGCUUAAUCAGGACCCAGCUAUUGAAAGUAUGCUUGUAGCUCUCUCGGAAAAGAUCCCCAUGGAGUUCUCCAACCUCCUCGAGAGCGAUAAACGGAGCCGCAGCAUAGUUAUCUCUGGUCUAGAGGAAGGACGGGACGGCCUUUGUCCAUCUGCGCGUCAGAGAGACCUCGAGGAUAAAGUUGCUCGAGUUCUCGAUGCAGUAGAUGUUGAGUGCCGUCCAGUUGAAACAUAUCGCAUGGGUAGGCCUAAUUCCAAGCACCCUCGCCUGGUGAAAGUGGUCCUACCAUCCAGAUCUCACUGGCGGCGCGUCCUCGCCAAUGCACGCCUUCUCCGAGAUGCUGGGUUGCCAGAGGUCUUUAUACGUCGAAGCAUGACCGAGGAGGAGAGGAAACGGGAAUACGAGCUGCGUCAAGAAGCUCGUGAACGUAAUAAGGGUAGCGGCAUUCGUGAAUGGGUUGUCUACCAUGGGCAGCUCAAACGCGCAGCUGAAUUGCCGCAUAAACGGUCGGGAAACCACUAG